CUGAUUGGGCGUGGGGGGCAGUUUAGGUAUGGGGAGGACAGCUGGUGUAGAGGGGGUCUGCCUCACCGCUGUCCCUGGGAAGGCAAUGGGACAUCCAAUCCUGGGAACCAUUUCUAAGCAUGCGAAGGAUGCGAAAGUUCUCAGGAGAGUCAGCAUGGCUUCCCCAAGGGGAGGUUGUGCUUGGCCAGCCUGAACACCUUCUGUGAUGAGGCAACGGGCCUGGUAGAUCAGGGGAGCACCGCAGAUGUUGCCUACCCAGACUUUGGCAAGACCGGUGCCUCAGUGUCCCCUAAGAUCCUCCUAGAGAAGCUGUUGAAGUGUGGGCUGGAUGAGCAGAGAGGUGCUUGGAAAACGGGCUGCAUGGCCAGGCCCAGAGGGUGCUGAUCAGGGGCACAAGGCCAGUACCGACCAGGGUACCUUGGGGUUUAGUACGGGGUUCAGUCUUGUUUAACAUCUUCAUCCAUGAUCUGGAGGGUGGGGCAGAGUGUACCCUCAGCGAGUCUGCAGAUGACACAAGCUGGGGGAGCAGCUGUACGCCAGAGGGUCGUGCUGCUCUGUAGUGCAGAAGGGUCUGGACAGGCUAGAGAAAGGGGCUGACAGGAACCCCAUGAAGCUCCGCAAGGGGAAGUGCAAAGUCCUGCCCCUGGGGAGGAACAACCCCGUAGCACCAGUACGUGCUGGGGGCCGCCCAGUUGGAAAGCAGCUCAGCAGAAGAGGCCCCGGGGGUCCUGGUGGACACCAAGUUGACCAUGAGCCACCAACGUGCCCUUGCUGCAAAGGCGGCGAAUGGCGCCCGGGGCUGCACGAGGAGAGCUCCCAGCAGGUGGAGGGAGGGGAUCUUCCCCUCUGCUCAGCGCUGGUGAGGCCACCCCUGGGCUCCCCAGUACAGGAGGGACAUGGACAGGCUGGGGAGAGCCCAGCGAGGGGCCACCACGAUGGGGAGGGACUGGAGCAUCUGUGCUGUGGGGAGAGGCUGAGGGAGCUGGGGCUGCUCAGCCUGGCGCAGGGAGGGCUCAGGGGGAUCGAACCCGUGUCAAGGGGACAGAGCCAGGCUCUCCCAGUGGUGCCCAGUGCCAGCACCAGAGGCCACGGGCACAAACCGGGCCACGGGAGGGUCCCUCCGGACACCGGGACACACUCCUCGGCGUGAGGCCGACACGGGCACAGGCUGCCCGGGGAGGCGGUGGGGUCUCCGGCCCUGCAGACUCCGGCCGCGGUCCCGGGCGGGCGCCCGCGGGGACCAGCGGGACCCGCCCCCGCAGCCCGAGGCGCCGCCGCCCGCGGCGCGGGGCUCGCGUGGGGCGCGGGGCGGGGCCGCGGCCCAUCCCGGCAGCCCCUGCGGCCCGUCCCGCGGUGGCGCGGGGAGAUGGCGGCGGCGGCGGGCGCGGGGGAGCGGCGCGGCGCGUGGGGCGCGGCGGGCCCCGACCGCGGCCCCGGCCCCGGCCCCGGCCCCGGCCCGCUGGGCUCGCUGCUGAGCCGGCUGCCGCUGGCGCCGUCCCCGCGGCGGCGAACCGCCAGCCAGUGCAAGCCGGAGCCGCCGCUGCUGCGCACCAGCAAGCGGACCAUCUACACGGCCGGGCGGCCGCCCUGGUACAGCGAGACCGGCGCGCCCGUGGACGAGGCCUUCGUCAUCGGCCUGUGCGGCGGCAACGCCUCGGGCAAGACGACGGUGGCGACGCGGAUCAUAGAGGCGCUGGACGUGCCCUGGGUCGUGCUGCUCUCCAUGGAGUCCUUCUACAAGGUGCUGGACGAGGGACAGCAGGCGCUGGCAGCCCGCAGCGACUACAACUUUGACCACCCCGACGCCUUUGACUUCGAGCUGCUCAUCAGCGUCCUUCGCAAGCUCAAGAAGGGCAAGAGCGUGAAGGUGCCAGUCUACGACUUCACCACGCACAGCCGCCGCCGCGAGUGGAAAACAGUGUAUGGGGCCAACGUCAUCGUGUUUGAAGGGAUACUGGCUUUUGCAAACAAGGAGUUGCUGAAGCUCCUGGACAUGAAAGUGUUUGUGGACACGGACUCUGACAUCCGGCUGGUGCGACGGCUGCAGCGUGACAUCAUGGAACAUGGGCGCGACAUCGUGGGUGUCAUCAAGCAAUACAACAAGUUUGUGAAGCCAGCCUUCGAGCAGUACAUCGAGCCCACCAUGCAGGUCGCUGACAUCGUGGUGCCCAGGGGUGGGGAGAACUUUGUGGCCCUGGACCUCAUAGUGCAGCAUGUGCACAGCCAGCUGGAGAAGCGUGAGAUCACCGUCAGGGCAGCUCUGGCCUCUGCCCACCAAGGGCAGCCCCUGCCGAAGACGCUGAGCGUCCUGGAGAACACGCCGCAGGUGCGAGGCAUGCACACCAUCAUCAGGAACAAGGACACAACUAGGGAUGAAUUCAUCUUCUACUCCAAGCGCCUGAUGAGGCUGUUGAUUGAACAUGCCCUCUCCUUCCUGCCACUGAAGUCGGUCACUGUGGAGACGCCCCAGGGGACAACAUACGAAGGAAAGCGGUUCCACAGGCAGAGGAUCACAGGUGUGUCCAUCCUGCGUGCAGGGGAGACCAUGGAGCAGGCCCUCACUGCUGUGUGCAAGGACAUCCGCCUGGGCAAGAUCCUGAUCCAGACCAACCACGACACGGGGGAGCCCGAGCUCCACUACCUGCGCCUUCCCAAGGAAAUCAGCGAGGACUACGUCAUCCUCAUGGACAGCACCGUGUCCACAGGAGCUGCAGCCAUGAUGGCAGUGCGUGUCCUGCUGGAUCACGACGUGCAAGAGGACAGGAUCUUCCUGCUGUCGCUGCUGAUGGCAGAGAUGGGGGUGCACUCCGUGGCCUAUGCCUUUCCCCGUGUCCGCAUCAUCACCACUGCUGUGGACAAGAGGAUCAACGAGGAGUUCCACAUCAUCCCAGGCAUCGGUAACUUUGGGGACAGAUACUUCGGCACUGAUGGCUCCUCUGCCUGGUGUGAGAGCGAUGGCAUGGACUGCUGAGCUGGCUGGCCACUGGGCCACCAGCUGGGCUGGCCAUGGGGCCGGCCACCUGCCUCUGCCCCCAGGAGGGGCUUCGAGCUGCCAGCCUGUGCCCACCCACCCACAGCAUGGCCCCGCCAGCCCCCGGCUCUCCUGGCCGCAGGACGAGCCCCUUGCUGCCAGCCUCUCCCUCCACCCCGCAGGAGUGGCCCCUUGUGGGAUCGAUCUUCCCCUCCGAGGAGGGAGGGGUGGCAUGUCCUGUGGAACAUGAGGGUGUUCCUCGCCCCCCGAGACCUGCCUCUGCACCCUGGGCCGCCUGUGCCUGCAGGAGGGAGGGGUGGUCUCCUGUGGCCUGUGCUUGAGGGGCCAGUCACCCUCUUCCCUGGGAAGGAGGGGGACGGGGUCUGGUGCCCUCAAGGCUUCCUCUGGGCCCUGGCUGGGCGCCAGGCAGGCUCCCUUGCUGGAAUCUGUAUUUAUUUGUUUGUAUUUAUUUUGAGCAGCUGCCCACCUGGCUCUCCAGUGGGGCAGGCCAGCUACUUGAAAAACAUCAGGGAUUGGGGAUCUCCUCAAGGAACCACCUUGUCCCCACCGAUCUGACACUCCAUCCCCUCCCCGCCCCGGCCAGGCCCCGUGCGGGCUCUGGGCUGGCCGCCGGCGCCGGGAGGGCAGGGGCUGCCUUUGGCCCCCACGCCGGCGGGAGGGUUUGAUAUUCAAACACUCUGUCGCCGCCAUCCCAGCCCCUGGGCCGCCAGGGCUGUCCAGCUCUGUGGGGCUGGCCCAGGGACCAGCGCGGCCCGCGGGCUCCUCCAUGCCCAGCAUCCAGGGCGGCGAGGGAGGCUGGCGGGGCCGGGGUCUGCCCAGCCGCCGCUGCCCGUGUUGCUCAGGUUCUUCUUUGGAAGGGCAGCAGUGGCCUCUCAUCCCUGAGCGGGAACGGCUCCGGCGCUGGGUCUGUCUGCCUGGGGGUCCUGGGCCUGGCCCCUGCCCCCGCUUUGCUGGCUGAAGAGGCUCCGCUGUGCCCCCAGCCCUGGGGCGCUGCCCUCUCCCCGCUGCCCCAGCUGCCUUCAUUUUGUACCCCAAUAAAGGAGCAGCGUGACCCCCGG